GAACAUUUUGCGGAACAAGACGAGCAAAAUAGUGGUGAGGGACCCGACCCCGCGGCAACCACCGACAAACCACCACCGCCGCCGGGCGGAAGGUAGGUAAAACGCAGUCCGCUGAUGGGAAAAAUAUGCUUCAGCGACAAGUACGAAUGACUGUACUUCAUCCGAAAUUAAACACUCACUUAAAUUCUUCACUUCAGUUAAUAUCACUUUCACACACACUUUCACUUAAAAAUUGCGUUAAUACCAGAAAUUGAAAUCCAAAUCCAAGAAGUUAAUCGACUCGAGUAUAAGCGGAUGCAGAGAAAAAGUUGUAGUUCCAAGUGCUGUCCGCGCUCGUGAAGUUCGUUCAUUGCGCGACAGAGGAGCAGCUUUCGUGCAGCACGAAAAUGAAGUGCUGAAACAGUCACACCAGAAACCUGAGUAAUCUGUGACUAUGUGGACACACACUUUUGAAACCUGACACUAUGAAAUUCCUAUGGUAAAAACUAUUUCUGCGUGAAGUUGCGUGUGCUAGCUUCCUUGUCGUGAUCGGCGUGACGACACCCUGUGGGCUUUGAUUUUACACUAUGUAUCAACUUGUGCUGCAAUCUACAACCAGUGUCAUGCCUUUACAAUUUGAUGAAAAUGCUAAAUUUGACAAAUGAAUUCGCGAAAUUAAUGUUGUAAGUCAGAGUCAGUCGUCGUUGCGGGAGCCGCAAGAACCGGAACCUAUUGCACCUAAGCGAAGAAGCUCAACAUCGGACAUAAGCAAUAACAAACAAAAAGAGCCAGUCCGUGGUAAUUCGAAUUGAUCCUGGAGGUUUGGAACUUUAAAACUGGUGCAGCGGUUUGAAUAAGUAUGCUUGCAGUAGAAGAAAAUGAACGGCGUCAGCACCACCAUUAUUUCCGCGGCUAGAGCAAACAUAGAGAGGAACAGAUAAGAGGUAUAGUAGAGAAGUACAACCCGCCACUCAUUUUUCUAGCGCACGUUCUCCCGUCGAGAAUCAAUUGGGAUUUUCGUCUUGAGUGUUGCUUCUAUUCGAGUAUGGAAUUCCGCUAUUCAGUUCAAGUUUCUCGCAAACGGUCCUCGGUCCGCAGCAGACAUGACAGACGAUAAACACUUGAACUUUGUUGAAACCAGUACUGGACUUCUCAAUCAAUUGUACACAAGAACACUGCACUGGUGUGCUGAAAGUAAUAACCUGUAGAACUACUAGUAUGAGCACUAGAUGACGACGCUGCUAUUUUUACCCUCUUGUACACUUGUCCAAACUACCAAAUCGUGGUGUAACCCGUGGUCUGCUGGAGAGGAGUGCGACCUGCUCCGUCCUUAUCCGUGAAAAUGAACAAACCUCAAAGAUGAACUUUGUCGUGACACCCUGUGAUGAUGCU